AAAAUUAUUUGAUUUCGAUUUGAUGAAUGAGUGAGAGAGUGUGAGAGAGAGAGAGAGAGAGAGAGAGAGAGAGAGAGAGAGAGAUAGAGUACGUAAUAAUAACGGGAGACUCUUGUAAAUCAAAAUAAUCGUAUUCACGAUGGUCUCUCGUUUUAAAAGAAAAGAAAGAAAGAAGAAGAAAUAGAAGAAAAAAAGAGUACUCGUCGGUCCUUCGUUAAAAAUAUUUUUUAUUGCUUAUCGAACGAACGCACUGCAGUUGUUGAGACGAUACAUACUUAUAUCUUUUUGUGGUGACACCCAGACACAUACACGAACAAACAAACAAACACACAUUCAUACGCGCGCGCGUAAUUAUGUAUUAUAUUUACUGGAAUAAGAAUUUUGUGUGUAUGUGUGUGUGUGUGCGUGCGUGUGGACGAAAUUCUCUCGCAUAUCAUGUAAAUUUGCGCGUAGUAGGUUACAUACAUAUAUGCCGUUACGAGGUUUAUAAGAUUGUGAUUUUUUUUUGUUUUUCUUUUCUUUUUUUUUCUCUAUUUUUUUUUCCCCUCCAUAAAAGUCUUUUUAUAAUGAUGAUCUCGAUAUAUACGAUAUAACGAAAGAGAAAUAAGAUAAAUAAUUAGGAUAAUAAAGGAUUUUCUUAUUUGGAAGGACCAGUCGUGUUUUGUGCGCACACGAAAGAAGAGAUCUUCGAUAAUUAUGAUGAUUAUUUUAUUUAGUUGAAAUUACUAUUUGAUAAAUUACGAUUGGUAAUGGGAUAUAUAAGUCAUAGGUAAUUUUGCAAAUGUGCAGUCAAUUGUAAAAAGAAAAAGAGAGAGAGAGAGAGGGAGAGAGUGUUGAUUCUAAGAAGCAAAGUGAAAAAGAUAUAUCACUAUUACGUAUUAUGGUGUCUUAUCUUAAUUAUCCUGUUAAGAAUAAGCGCUCUGUAUUAUUUGUUUUUGUCGAAUAAGGAUAUUUAAAGAAAAAAAAAAAAAAAAAGGAAAAAAAAUAGAAAAAAAAGAAAA